GGGCGGGCGGCGGCGCGGCGGGGGAAGAUGGCGGCGGCGGGCCGGUGGCGGGCCGGGCUGGCCCUGCUGGCCGUGCUGCUGCGGCUCGGCGGGACGGCGGCCGAGCAGACCGAGGAGCACCUCAAACGCGAGCACUCGCUGUCCAAACCGUACCAGGGUGUGGGCUCGGCCAGCUCGGGGCUCUGGGACCUGCUGGGCAACGCCAUGGUCAUGACCCAGUUCAUCCGCCUCACGCCCGACGUGCAGAGCAAGCAGGGAGCCGUGUGGAACCGGGUGCCCUGCUACCUGCGGGACUGGGAGAUGCAGGUGCACUUCAAGAUCCACGGGCAGGGCAAGAAGAACCUCAACGGGGACGGCUUCGCCAUCUGGUACACCAAGGACAGGAUGCAGCCGGGACCUGUUUUUGGGAGCAAGGACAACUUCCUGGGGCUGGGGGUGUUCGUGGACACGUAUCCCAACGAGGAGAAGCAGCAGGAGGCCCAGAAGAGGAGGUACAGCCCUGGAAACCAGCGCGUGUUCCCCUACAUCUCGGCCAUGGUGAACAACGGCUCGCUGACCUACGACCACGACCGCGACGGGCGCCCCACCGAGCUGGGCGGCUGCACCGCCAUGGUGCGCAACCUCAACCACGACACCUUCCUGGUCAUCCGCUACGUCAAGAGGAGGCUCACGGUGCUGAUCGACAUCGACGGCAAGCACGAGUGGCGGGACUGCAUCGACGUGCCCGGCGUGCGCCUGCCCCGUGGCUACUACUUUGGGACGUCCUCGGUCACUGGGGACCUGUCAGACAACCACGACAUCAUCUCGCUGAAGCUGUACCAGCUGACGGUGGAGCGGACGCCGGAGGAGGAAAAACGGGAUCGGGAAGUUUUCCUGCCCGUGGUGGACAACCUGAGGCUGCCGGGAAUGGAGGCGCCCCUGGAGCCCAUGAGUGGCCUGGCCCUGUUCCUCAUCGUCUUCUUCUCGCUGGUGGCCCUCGUCUUCGCCAUCGUCAUCGGCAUCAUCCUCUACAACAAGUGGCAGGAGCAGAGCCGCAAACACUUCUACUGAGCCAGACCCGGGGGGCCACGUCCCCUCUGCCACCCGUGCCAGGGACCCCAAGGGACGGUGCCAGCCCGGCUGAGGGGUGCUGGAGCUCCCUGGCAGAGACUUCCCAGCGCUUCUCUCGUUGCUGUGGCCACCAGAGACUGCCCAGCUGCCACCCUCCCACUGUGGCCACCAGAGCCCCCUGGACGAGCCCCACCCCGGGCUAGUGGUGGGCACGUCCCCAUUGCCACCCGUGCCAGCCCGGCUGAGGAGUGCUGGAGCUCCCUGGCAGAGACUUCCCAGCGCUUCUCUCGUUGCUGUGGCCACCAGAACCCUCCUGGACGAGCCCCCUCCUGGGCUAGUGGUGGCCACAUCCCAGGGUGGCAGGGAGCCCCAAAUCCCUGGCACGGGGACGAUGCCAGCCCGGCUGAGGGCUGCAGAGACUUCCCAGCUCUUCUCUCACUGCUGUGGCCACCAGAAGCCCCCUGGACGAGCCCACCCUGGCUAGUACUGGCCACACCCACAUUGCCACCCGUGCCAGGGCAUCAAGGACCCCCCAAAUCCCUGGCACGGGGGCGGUGCCAGCCCAGCUGAGGGGUGCAGAGACUUCCCAGUGGCCAUCACCCAGCUGUGGCCACCAGAACCCCCUGGACGAGCCCCCCUGGGCCAGGACGAGCCCCUCUGGAUGCUGCUGCUGCUGCUUUUCCCGGCUGGAUGAACUGGAAGAGCCCCCUCCUCGUUUUGGGGUCCCCUCCCCGUUGCCCAGCAUGUGGCCACCCCUGCAUGUCGUGUCCUGCCUCCGGGGCUGCCUGGGGGUGCCCUGGGCACUCAGGGCUGGGCUGGCAUCGCCCUCCCUGCCAGGAGCUGCCCGGAUCCCAGCCCUGCACCUCUCCAGGGGCUGCCCACCCAGCAGGGGGGUCCCUGGGGGGGUUUGGUGGCCCCCGGGCUAGGAGAGGACUUUUGUCUCUUUUUGGGGCUGAUCUGGUGGUGUGUGCCUCUCUGAGCUGUGCCAGGACAGAUCCCCAGGGGGGUUUGGUGGCCCCUGGGCUGGGAGAGGAGUGGGGGGGAUUGUCCAUGCUGGGAGCUGUUUCCAAGGAGAGUUUUCCUGGA